CAGAGAUGUAGCUCCGGUACUGAGCACGCCAGUGCCAGCGAGAGCGUCUGCAGCAGAGAGCAGGCAGGGGAGGGAGCCCAUCAUCCUCUCCUAAGAGGACAAGCCAGAGCCUGAGGGGCAGGAAAAAGCAAGCUCCUGGUGGGGUGGCACCAUCCAGGAAGGGGCCACUUCUGUUCCUACCCCCGGCGCGUGUCUAAUUUGUCUGGAGCUGGGCGAGUCGAGACUGCAGACUCUGUGUCAUCCUCCAGUCGCAGCUGGCACCGCUCUGUGUCUAGAGACCAUGCCAGGCUUGUACUCACCAUCUACCUGGACAGCUCUGCCUCUGAAGAGCUCAAGUGUGAAGGCCUGUGCCAAUGGGUACUCCCUGGGACUCACUGCCCACCUCACUUACAUCAACUCUGAAGAGGAGCCCGUGGAAGGGGUGUUCAUCUAUCCUCUGGAGGAGUCUGAGGUCGUCGCGGGUUUUGAAGCCGAGACGGGAGGCAGGAGCAUCACCUUCCAGAUCCAGAACCGGCGGCACGCGGAGGAUUGCUGCGCCGAGUGCAGCCCCGGUCUGGGCCAGCCGCUGCGCUGUGCCAAUGGUCAUCUGAUUCUGGAUGAAGAUUUAGACCGCUCCACUUUCAUCAUCAGCACGGGCCCCAUCAGGCCUUCGGAGACCCUGACCGUAGUCUUCAGCAGCAGCCAGGAGUUGGCGACCCGGCCAGAUGGUGCGCUCCACAUCACCUUCCCUUCCAUCCUCACACCCCUCGUCGUGUCCAUCCCUGAAUGUGAGAGCGAGCCCGGAGGCUUGUGUGACGACAGUCCCACCAGCUGCUUUGGAGCCCCCGGCCCGCGGAGCGAACAGUCAUUCACGGCAUCUCCCGAGAGCACUGAUGUCUUCAGGGGCCAGGUCUACAACCCCUUCCCCUACGAGUUCACCUUUGAGCUGCUGGUCAAGGGGCCCUGUUUGUUGGCAGGUUUGGAGAGCCCGUCGCACGCCCUCCGGGCCGAUGCCAACCCCUACGCCAGCUCAGCCUCUACCACCUGUGUGACCUUGGCAGAGGGGCACUGCUGCGACAGGAAUCUGGAGAUUAUUCUGUACCCCUGCGAGCCUCAUCACCCCCACCUAGUCAUCGAGGAGGGCACGAUGACGUACCAGGAAUACGAGGCUCACAUCCGGAGCCGCCGGGACUACGUUCGAGUUGCCAAGAGGGACAGCGACGGGGAGAGACAGGUGGCCUUUGUUCAGAAGCGGUUCCACAAAGACAUCUUCCACAACCCAGUGCUGAUGCUGAACUUCUGCCCGGAGGUGGGCAGCUUCCCCACCGACCUCCAGACCGUCACUCGGGAGAUCCUCUUCCUUGUCGAUCGCAGCGGCAGCAUGAGUGGCCCCAACAUCGACCGCAUCAAGGAGGGCUUGCUGGUGGCGGUGAAGAGCCUCCCGUCAGGCUCCUUGUUGAACAUCGCUGGAUUCGGCUCCAACAUCAAGCCGCUCUUCCCAGCCAGCAAACCGUGCAGCAACGAGAACCUGCGUCUGGCCUGCGAGCACAUCCAGAAGCUGCGGGCAGACAUGGGCGGCACCAACCUCCUGGCAGCCCUGAGCUGGAUGCUGGGGCAGCGGCUGCACCGGGGCUACCCCCGCCAGCUCUUCCUCUUCACCGAUGCCAACGUCAGCAACGCGGGCCGGGUCAUCGAGCUGGUGAGGAGACAGGCAAGCACUGUCAGGUGUUUCAGCUUUGGCCUGGGCUCUGGGGCCUGUCGGAGGCUCCUGAGAAGCCUGGCCAAGGUGAGUCGAGGUCGGGCUGAGUUCCUGAGCCCAGAGGAGAGGCUGCAGCCCAAGCUGAUCAAGUCCCUGAAGAAGGCAAUCGAGCCGGCUGUGAGCGACAUCACCAUCGACUGGUACGUGCCCGACACCAUGGAGGCACUGCUGUCGCCCAACGAGAUUGCGGCCCUAUACCCUGGGGACCGUCUCAUCAGCUACUGCACCCUCUACAACAUCGCCUGCUUCCGGGACAAGAAGGCAGCGGGCCAGGAGCGGGUGUGUCGCAGCCUUUCGCGCGGCUCUGCGGGGUCGGUGUUCCAGUCCCCGGAUGAGGCCUUUGGCCCAGAUGGGCCGCCCCUGUGCCCGGCUGGGGAGAGGCAGGACAUCAGCCGCACCCUGCAGGAGAUUUCCUAUGAGAUCUCCCUGGAGUUCUCGGCCGGGGGUGCGGAGGAGUCGGAGAAGAGUGGGGACCUCACUUCAGGGGCUGACAUCUGGAAGCGGAUUUACGAGGCCUCCUACAUCCAGGAGCAGUAUGUGCUCACCCACUGCUCCGUCAGCACCGACCGGAGCCAGGGCCUGCUCUCCCACAGCUCCACCAGCAGCGAGUCCACCGGCUCCCGGGACAUAGCUCCCGACGGGGGCUCGCUGGCCCGGACCCCUGAGGCAGCCUCUCAGCAGGGCCAGAAGAGCGUGUCUCUGUGCGAAUCCUCCACCAAGUCUGCUCCGCUCCCGCAGGCGCAGGUGACGGCUGCAACUAAGGUGAGCAUGGUGCUGAGCUCCGAGGAGCUGCUGCGGCGCAAGAAGGCGCUGGCACGAGCCGCCCUCUCCGGCCGCAGCUUCUCGUCCCCUCAUGGUGAGCUGGACACCCACCGCCUGCGCCGCACCCUGGAGAAGGUGUCCCGGAAGCGGAACCGGUCCCUGGAGGGGCAGCUGGACGAGCUGGGGCCGGAGCUGCGGCUGCUGCAGGGGAGCCAAGCCGACUCCAAUCACCUGCUCUCGACGUCUCACCUGGACUGGGACAUGCUGGUGGAGCCCCCGUACCUCUUCAGCGGGGCUGAGGCCGAGCAGGCCAUGGUACUGCCCGUGCACUGCCAGGUGGUGAUCCACGCGCUUAGCGCAGGCAAGCCCGUCUCCUGGCAGGUGAGUGCCGCCCUGGAGUCUUUGCUGCAUGCCAAGGAGGCUCCGAGCAAGGAGGAGCAAGCAGGGAAAGGCUGGGACAAGCUGCUGCACCGCCUCACUGCCCGCUCCGUCAUCCGGGACCACGAGAGCACGGCCCAGCGAGAAGCAGAGCUGGAGCACGGCUUUGCCCGGCGGUUCCGCCUCAAGGCCAUGCAGUCCUCCAAGGCCUGUGAUGUGCCCUCCAUCUACACUUGCCUGGUGCCCGUGGACCCCUCCACACAGGAGGCCCUGCCCACAGCCCUUGAGGUUCGCCGCGCAGGGGGCUCGCUCGGCCACCAGCACGGCUCCCAGGCCGGGAGCCGGCGCCAGCGCAGUUACUCGGUGGGCCUGGGCCGCAGGCAUGACUCAGAUGAGCUGGACGAUGCUGCCAUCUCUGGAGAGCACAACGGGAUCCCGGCAUCUCCGGUCAGCACCUCCUCCGGCACCUAUGGCUGGGAGAAGCAAAGCUGCCCCAACAGUCCCUCGGCCAGUCCCUCUGCCAACUCCGUAGGAUCCCAGAAGUCUGCCGAAAGCUUCAUUGGUUCCAGGUUCAGCCUCAGCCGGCGCAGGGGACAUGGCUUGGCACUGCGGCCGCAGUGCCUGACCCCAGAGGGCGAGCUUCCCCGCAACCAUGCUACCCACGACUACCUGCCGCUGGUGCGGCUGCAGCAGGCUCCGGGCACCUUCCAGCUGACGGAGAGCUUCGCCGAGGCAGUGCAGAUCCCCCUGGACCGCCUGCGCCGGGCCUCACCCUACGCCUCACACCGCGCCAGCCUCAGCCCUGCCUCCUGUCCCUCGCCGGGGCUCCUGGGCACCAAGGGCAGCCUUGAGGGUGGUGCCAAGCCUGUAGGCAGCCAGCCCUCUCCUGAGGGAGAGGAGCCCGGCCAGGAGGGGGUUCCAGAGCCAGGCUCGCCCCAGUCCCACAGCACCUGUUCCGAGGUACCGAGCGUGGCCGUGUGGCCAGACAGCGGCCGUGGGUCCGAGACAGAUGCCUAUGACCAUUCCCCAGCCCUCUCGGAGGCCGGCCUGAGCCUGCAGGAAGGCGCAGGGCCAGAGGCUGAGGAGGGUGACCUGGAGAGCGCCAGCUGGGCCACGGCCGUGGCGCUGGCCUGGCUGGAGCACCGCUGUGCCGGCUUUUUCGUGGAGUGGGAGCUGGCAGCAGCCAAAGCAGAUGCAUGGCUGCGGGCGCAGCAGCUGCCCGAGGGCGUGGACAUGGGCUCCCUGAGGGGGGCGGCGCGCCACCUCUUCCUGCUGCUGCGCCACUGGGAUGAGAACAUCCAGUUCAACAUGCUCUGCUACAGCCCCGGCAGUGUCUGAGCCCGAGCUGCGGCCCCUGCCUCCCCAAUAAAGA